AUGGCUGAUGAUGAUCCGGUGAACCCGGUGGCUGCCGGUGGUGGUGAUGGUGGUGGUGGUGCCGGUCUGGUGCCAGAAGUGCCCGGAGCGGACAGGGAUAAUGGUGAAGCGAUAGCAUCCGAGGCAACAGCAGCAGCAGUAGCAGCAGUAGUUCCGAUUGAUGACGAUCUCCACCAUGAACACGAGCAGGAGCGGCGGCCGGUAACGGUAACGGGGUUUGCCGUCGCCUGCCACGAGGAUCACCUGAAGGCGGCCGUCCGGGCCGUGUUCGAUCGCUCCAACUGGACACCGGCGGCCAUCAGCGCAAGACCGCUGCCGAAGAAGAAGCGCGAAUACAUCAAGCGGCCGAUGAACGCGUUCAUGGUGUGGGCCCAGACGGCCCGGCCCAUGAUCGCCGGUCGCGAGCCAAAGAUGCAGAACGCCGAGAUAAGCAAACAUCUGGGCACGCUUUGGCGGCAGCUGUCGGCGGAGGAGAAGAACCCGUUCGUGAAGCGGGCCGAGGAGCUGCGGGAGCAGCACAAGAAGCAAUACCCGGACUACAAAUAUCAGCCACGUCGGAAGCAGGCGGCCAAGGCGGCUGCAGCGGCGGCGGCCGCUGCGACAGCUGCGGCGACGGCGGCGGCGGCACUGGACAAGCGUCAGCACCACCAACACCAUCACAGUAACCACGGUUCACCUUGCGCUGGCAGUGGUAACGAGCUGGAGCAGCAGCAGCAGCAGCAACAGUAUGGCUCGGUUGCCCGGAUGACGUCACCGGCACGGGGUCAUGGAGGUGGGCGUCGUGACCGCACGACAGCCAACGGUGGUAGCCGGCGACGCCCGGCACCGUACACCAGCAUGGAGGUAACGACGACGAGCGCGACGCCGACCACGAUCUGGACCGUCGAGUAUGGCCAUACGCCACUGGUCGGUGGUAUCGUGUACGAGGAGCCACCGGGCGACCACCAGCGUUCCCCACUCGCGAAAACCGAACCGGACCAUCCCGCCGCCUACCACCCAUCGGUUGCGGCCCCGACCGGCACACCGCAACACUGCCAGUGGGUGGUACCGCUGGCGGAUAGUCCCGGUGAUCCGUCACCGGACGUCGCCAAUGGAAGCACAACCACCACCACCACUAUCAAGCACCCCGAUCAAGCCACCGGCUGCUGGGACCUACUGUCACCGGUAACGGUGUCGCUGGCAAGCGUCGCCGACGUCAUGGACGUCGGUUCACCGCCGCAACACAGCAACGGUAGCGGUACGCUGCUGCACGAGCUGGAGCACCGGUCCGUGCACACCGGUCCGUGUAGCCGCUGGGACUAUGGCCGGCUGUACGAUGGGCUGGUCGGUGAGGAGGUGCUACUGCUGCAGCUGCACGGUGGCUCUUCUACUGGACCACAGCAGUCCAGCUACGGCCCACCAGGUUCCAGCUUCACCACACUGUUGCAGGCAGUAGGACGACCGGCCGCUAAUGGUAGUGGUGGUGGCAAUGAGGUAGUGAGCUGCUAUCUGCAUGGUGGCAGCACCGGUACACCAUCAACCGACAGCUCAUCACCAGAUCUGAUGCAAACGCUUCGCUACUCGCCACCGUACGAACAGACGCCGCAACCGUACAGCAGCACCCCAACGGUGCCCCAGUAUGGCAUCGUACCGAGUGCACCGGUGACCACCACCACCACCGUACCGGUCACCCCUUCCAACUAUCUGCCCAUGCAGCCGGUACCGAUGAUGCCGAUGAGCGGUCACUUUCCACCGGCUGUGACCGCGAGUGGUGCUGCGAGUCGCAACGAUUAUCAACCGAUGAACGCGCCCCUAUAG